UGUGUUAGCCUUCACGCAAUAGACUAAAUUAGGAACAGCAGAAAGACUAAUAUAUAGGUAUAUGUAUGUAUUUGUUUUUCUUUAUUAUAUUGGCACUAGAAUAUCUGUCAUAGUCACAGAAAUAAGUGAUAUAUGACAUAUUUAUUUGUUUGUUUGUUUAUUUGUCGCGUCCUGUUUGAAGAGAACAUGUUAACCUGCCUCUGUCCAUUGCUAUGUUAUUGUUUGGGUUGAUGAUCUCACACGGGCAACAGUUCACCACCAUGGGGGACAGUUGAAUUGUUCAGAACUGCUAACCAAGGUCCAGAACCAUCGUAGGAUGCACUGAAGUGAUUAGAAGUAAAUCAUCAGAGUUUUCUCUAUAUGGGAAGGUUUUAGUUGAACAGUCCUUAUGACCAACAUGAGCUGGAGCUUUCUCACCCGUCUUCUGGAAGAAAUCCACAACCACUCCACCUUCGUGGGGAAAGUGUGGCUGACCAUUCUUAUCAUCUUUCGUAUUGUGCUGACAGCAGUCGGAGGGGAGUCCAUCUACUCGGACGAACAGACCAAAUUCACCUGCAACACCAAGCAACCUGGCUGCGACAAUGUCUGCUAUGAUUCCUUCGCCCCCCUGUCCCACGUCCGGUUCUGGGUCUUUCAGAUCAUCAUGAUCUCAACACCUUCCAUCAUGUAUCUGGGCUACGCCAUCCACAAAAUUGCCCGCUCAUCUGAGGAGGAGAGGAGGAGGUUCAAGAAGUUCCGGAAGAAGCCCCACGCCAUCAAGUGGAAGACCACCCACACUCUGGACGAGGUGCUGGAAGAGGAAGAGGAGGAACCCAUGAUCUAUGAGGACACACUAGAGGUGCAUGAGAUGAAGCCAGAGAGCAAAGUGCAGGGCAGGGAACAGCAGAAGCACGACGGCAGGCGUAGAAUCAUGCAGGAAGGACUGAUGAAGAUUUAUGUCCUCCAGCUUCUGGCCCGAGCUAUUUUUGAAGUGGCUUUCCUCGGGGGCCAGUAUCUUCUAUAUGGCUUCAAGGUCAGCCCAUCAUACAUCUGCGCCAAGAACCCCUGCCCUCACCAGGUGGACUGCUUUGUAUCCAGGCCCACGGAAAAGACCAUCUUCCUCCUGAUCAUGUAUGUGGUCAGCUGCUUGUGCCUGUUGCUGAAUAUCUGUGAGAUGUUCCACUUGGGUAUCGGCAGCAUUCGGGACAUCAUUCGCAACAGGAGGAACAAGGGCAAGCACCCGUCCUGCAGCUAUCCCUACCCCAGGAACAUUCCUUCUUCGCCCCCUGGGUAUAACCUGGUGGUCAAGUCGGAUAAACCUAACAAGAUCCCCAACAGUCUGAUCACACACGAGCAGAAUUUGGCUAAUGUGGCACAAGAGCAGCAGUGCACCAGCCCAGAUGAAAAUAUUCCCUCUGAUCUGGCUAGCCUGCACAGGCACCUCAGAGUCGCCCAAGAGCAGUUGGACCUGGCCUUUCAGACUUACAACAGCAAAAGCAAUGCACAGCCUUCAAGAACCAGCAGCCCGGCCUCUGGCGGGACUGUGGUGGAGCAGAACCGAGUCAAUACAGCCCACGAGAAACAAGGGGCUCGGCCAAAAUCCAGCUCAGAGAAAGCAGGGUCUAUCAUUAAAGAUGGAAAGACGUCUGUGUGGAUUUAACUGUACAUUCUGUACUUUUACAACUUGUUCUGUAAUGGUCUGUGUUAAAAAAAGGUAACAGCAGCUUUCUGAGAGCUAUUUCAAUGAUGACAUUUGUGAAAAGGAUUGUUGUUUUAGGAACCCUGUGAAUAGGGCAUUAGGUUUUGGAGGAGACUGUAAAUAUUUGGAUAUUGUGACAUGCAGGGUUCUUGAGUUGAAGUCCUAUCAAUCAACAACAAUUUGUAUGUAGCACUUUGACUGCCUAGAUAUCUCAAAGCAAUGUACAAAUGUGACCUAUUAAAAGCAAACUGCAAACAUUUAUCUGACAUGACAGUAUUACCACAAUAACAUUCUACAGUCUAACCCACUUAAGUAUAUAACCAACACUUGAAUGGAGUAUACACUUAAGUGGGUUGGUGCUCUGCAAUCCCAAUUAAUUAAAAAAAAAAAAAAACAUUGAGGCCAACAAUUUAUUAUUUUACUUGAAUAAGAGAACACUGACUUAUCAGUUUAUAACAUAUUUUAUUUAAAUGUACAGUAAAUGGUAAACAAUGCACAGUGAUGCACAUUCGCAAGAUGCCACUUUUUACUUUCAAAAGUUAAAUGGAAAUAAUUGUUACUUGAACACUAUGUACUGAAAACUGUAUUCAUUCAUUGCCUCUUAACACAUCUACAUGUAAUUUUAGCCUUCCUUAUCAAAGAAAAUUAAAUUGUGGGUUAUCAAUUUUUUUUAGUACACCCCUACAUUUUCCCUGAUGAUGAAAACGAUGGGUACUGAUUACAGUUGAGUUUAGGUUGUACAUAAAAAUAUCAUUACGUGUUUUGUGUAGGUUUCUCUGUCCCAAUAAUAAUAUUAUUGGAUUUAGGGAAUGGGGCCCUAGUAAUUUGAUUGUUUUUAGAUAAGCUCUCCUUCUUCCUAAUAUGAACCAAGUACAAUUUUCUGAAAGCUGAAAUGUUUGUAGUUUAUCAAGUUUUACAGCAAAGGUCAUGUGACAGCACCCUCUCUGUUAUGAACUUAGAUCAUCCAAAAUCACAAAUUUAAGCUUUGCAUCUCUCAGUCCGUAUUCCUAAAACAUGCUGUCGGAGUCCCAGUUCAGACUGCAUUAAUAUUGCUCCGCUUCUGGUGGAAACAAACUGGACUGGUUUUAAAACCAUUUCAAUGCAAUCCCAGUGGCAGAUGCAAACAAUGCAUUCGUUUGUUGGAUCUGACCACAUCGGAAUGAAAUGUGUAUGGGCUGU